UACUUUUCAUAUGUUAAAAUAAAACACACUCAAAAAUUUGUCACAAGCAAACCAACAAACACAAACAAGGUUUCUUCCUUAAACUAAUCAAAAUCUCUCUCUCUCUCAUCUCCUUGAAACCAAACCAAUCCAAUGCAAAGAAAUUUCUAAACAACAACAUCGAUUGUACCAUGUCACUAUACGAUGCUACUUUCAUCGACAAACAACUUUCGAGACGAACAACAAUAUUCGGUCUCCGUCUCUGGGUCCUCAUCGGAAUCCUCGUCGCUUUCUUCAUCGUCCUCUCUCUCUUCCUUCUCUCUCUCUGCUUCACCUUCCGCCGCCGCCAUAAAACCAAACUCAACCACCGCCCUCCCGUCGUUUCCAAGGAAAUCAAAGAAAUCAUCAACCACGCGCCACCUCUCUCCGAGAUCCACGUCGACACAGUGAAGUUGGAGCUCCACAAUUUCAACAACAACAACAACAACCACCCUGUCUCAUACAGUGGGGAGAGCAGAGGAACUGGCAGUGUGUGUGAAACGGUGUCGUCUUUGGGAAGUGUGGUGGGUCCCGAAGUUUCGCAUCUUGGGUGGGGUAGAUGGUAUACUUUAAGAGAACUUGAAGCUGCUACUAAUGGUUUGUCUGAACACAAUGUUAUUGGUGAAGGUGGUUAUGGAAUUGUUUACAGUGGUGUUCUUCCUGAUGGUACCAAAAUUGCUGUUAAGAAUCUUUUGAAUAACAAAGGCCAAGCUGAGAGAGAAUUUAAAGUUGAAGUAGAAGUAAUAGGUCGUGUGCGCCACAAGAAUCUUGUUAGGUUGCUUGGAUACUGUGUUGAAGGGGAAUACAGGAUGCUUGUGUAUGAAUAUGUUGAUAAUGGCAAUCUGGAACAAUGGCUGCAUGGAGAUGUUGGACCUGUAAGCCCUGUGACAUGGGAAAUCCGGAUGAACAUUAUAUUGGGCACGGCGAAAGGAUUGGCUUAUCUUCACGAGGGUCUUGAACCGAAAGUUGUCCACCGAGAUGUGAAAUCAAGUAACAUACUCCUUGAUUGCCAAUGGAACCCCAAGGUUUCUGAUUUUGGUCUUGCUAAGCUUCUGCAUUCCGAGCACAGUUAUGUCACGACUCGAGUGAUGGGGACAUUCGGUUAUGUUGCGCCCGAGUACGCCUGCACUGGAAUGUUGAAUGAGAGGAGCGACGUGUAUAGCUUUGGGAUACUGAUCAUGGAAAUGAUCACCGGAAGAAUUCCUGUCGAUUAUAGCAGACCACAAGGAGAGGUUAAUUUGAUUGAGUGGUUAAAAAAUAUGGUUGGAAGUCGAAAAGCUGAGGAAGUAGUCGAUCCUAAGCUUUCGGAGAAGCCAUCUUCAAAGGCUCUUAAACGUGCUUUGUUGGUUGCUCUUCGAUGUGUUGAUCCUGAUGCCGCAAAGAGGCCUAAAAUGGGACAUGUGAUUCAUAUGCUUGAGGUUGACGGCCUCUUAUUUCGCGACGAUCGAAGGAUCGCCGGAGAAUCUUCUCGUUCUGAUCGUGAUUAUGUACAAGAUCAUAAGGGUUCAAGUUUAGACAAAUAUCGGAUAGGCGAAGAAUCUUCUCGUUCUGAUCGAGAUUAUGUACGAGAUCAUAAGGGUUCAAGUUUAGAUAAAUAUCAGAUAGGCGAAGAGAUCACCGUUCAAAGUGAAGAUGAUAGUAGUAGAAGUCACUAUCAACCCACUAGGUUGAGAUGACAAUAGAUUUUUAUUGUAAAUUGGACAUCCUCUGAGCACAAUCAUAAAGAUUAAUCUAUCAAGUCAGAUAGGACCGCAAUGAACGCAAAAUACUCCCUCAAGAAACGAUAGUAAUUUGAUAAUUGAGAUAGCAAUGUGUAUUAUCUUUUGUUCUUAAAUAGUUUACCAAUAUUUAUUUCUUCUUGAUUGAAUGAAGAAACAAACAAUCAUUUUUUUCUUUCUCUUGUUUACAUAAUUUUCCUCAUUGGCACCUA